CUGCAGUCAGCGCGGCAAGCUUCGCAGGGCAUUUCCUCUUCAGGUUUGAAGAUGGAAAUGUAGGUGGUCCCAAAACACUAGUGCUACUUCCCCUUAUCGGCUGGGAUCUCCUUGCAGCGUUACUUCCUCUGUACGGUUUCACUUUCAGUUCCUUUUUCAACAUUUUCCUCGGACGCGGUCUUUCCGAGGCUUAUCCACUGAAAAUUUUCCUUGGAUAGGAAAGGACUUAGCACUCAGGCCUGUGAAUCAGGAGAUACAAAGACCUCCAAAAAAGGACCAGUUCCUCGGAUGUGCCCCCUCACAGAGAGAUGAAGGGGCAGCAGAAAACAGCUGAAACAGAAGAGGGGACAGUGCAGAUUCAGGAAGGUGCAGUGGCUACUGGGGAAGACCCAACCAGUGUGGCUAUUGCCAGCAUCCAGUCAGCUGCCACCUUCCCUGACCCCAACGUCAAGUACGUCUUCCGAACUGAGAAUGGGGGCCAGGUGAUGUACAGGGUGAUCCAGGUGUCUGAGGGGCAGCUGGAUGGCCAAACUGAGGGAACUGGCGCCAUCAGUGGCUACCCUGCCACUCAAUCCAUGACCCAGGCGGUGAUCCAGGGUGCUUUCACCAGUGAUGAUGCAGUUGACACGGAGGGGACAGCUGCUGAGACGCACUAUACUUACUUCCCCAGCACGGCAGUGGGAGAUGGGGCAGGGGGUACCACAUCGGGGAGUACAGCUGCUGUUGUUACUACCCAGGGCUCAGAGGCACUGCUGGGGCAGGCGACCCCUCCUGGCACUGGUCAAUUCUUUGUGAUGAUGUCACCACAAGAAGUACUGCAGGGAGGAAGCCAGCGCUCAAUUGCCCCUAGGACUCACCCUUAUUCCCCGAAGUCAGAAGCUCCCCGGACAACUCGGGAUGAGAAACGCAGGGCUCAGCAUAAUGAAGUGGAGCGCCGCCGCCGAGACAAGAUCAACAACUGGAUCGUGCAGCUCUCCAAGAUAAUCCCAGACUGCUCUAUGGAGAGCACCAAGUCUGGCCAGAGUAAAGGUGGGAUUCUAUCCAAAGCUUGUGAUUAUAUCCAGGAGCUUCGGCAGAGUAACCACCGCUUGUCUGAAGAACUGCAGGGACUUGACCAACUGCAGCUGGACAAUGACGUGCUUCGACAACAGGUGGAAGAUCUUAAAAACAAGAAUCUGCUGCUUCGAGCUCAGUUGCGGCACCACGGAUUAGAGGUCGUCAUCAAGAAUGACAGCAACUAACUAUGGGGAUUCAGGGGCUUUGGGCCCAAGAACUGCAGAUAGCCCAGGAGCAACAGCCUAAUCCCAUGCCCCUUUCCUUCACUGCCCCACUUCUGGCAUGGGACAGGGGGAAGUUCAGAAGGUGUGUCCUUGAACUGAGGCCCUGUGAUAUGGCGGCCUGCAGUGGUGUGAAACACACAAUGUGGACGUGCACUGACAGCCUUGCCCACCCCCACCAUGCAGCCCCUGGGCCCUUGUGCUCCUCUCGCACAAUGCAUGUGCUGUCUCCAUGCUGGAUACUGGACACACUAAACUGUGGGGCUUGUCCUGUGCUUGCUUAGAGUGCCCAGCAGAGGUUUGCUGACAGGUGAUGCUCUGGCUUGCCCCAGGACUGGCACUUCCAUUGGUUCUUCCUUUCCCUGGAGCUGAGGUUUAGAUGUGCACCCUGCGGCUCAGGGGAGCAAGCUUACACAAGAAGUGGGGGAAGGAUGUUUAGCAGUGGCUGGUGCCCAUGAAGAGGAGAUUGGCCAGUGAGAAGCUGAGGCCUAUGCAGACAUCUCUGGAGCCAGAGAGAACAACAGGCAGGGGCCCACUUGGGGCCUUCCCCCUUGUGGGGGUCGUUUUUUUUUUUCUUUUCUUUUUUUUUUUUUUUUUUUUUUAAGAUAAAAUUGUUCAAAGCCA